AUGACUGACAACCUUUCAGAGCGGGAGCCUUUCGACAAACCUAUCACCCGGCCGCUCGAAAACAUACCAAUAUGCCAAGACAGACAGGAAGACCUAGCGGCACUCAAGCUACUGCCAGAAUGGCGGGUAGUUGUGAGAGUCAUCGUUAUACACCUUGACUUUGCACGAGCUGCUAAGUCCGGCCUCUUUGGGCUAUUGGGCGAUGAACCUGUGCAGGUAGUGGAUGCCACUUCGCCCUUGGUUUCGCAGCUGUAUGAGUUAGCUGAGACUUGUGAGCGUGAGGCAUAUGCGCUCACAGCUGCUCAGGACUUUACUCGAAUGUCUGCAGGCGACAUGGACGCUAUGGUUAAGCGUGUGGCGUUCAAGACUUUCCAUGACCAUGAGCUGUCUAAGCGCAUGCGGCCAGCAAUAAUGUUCAGGCUGUGUACAGAAAUGUGUAAUCACAGUGACACACUAGAAGGGGAGCCAAAGGUCUGGACCACUUGA